GUCUUCUCCCGUUACUCUGGGUCUGGAAGAGCAGGCAAAGGAAUCAAGGAUGAAGCUCCUUUUUGCAGCUGCCUUCGCACUCUUUGUGCUCUCUACAUUUGACAAAGCUGACUCUUCAGCUUAUGACAAAAUAGUUGCCCACAGUCGCAUCAGGGCAAGAACACAGGGACCCAAUGUCUGUGCGCUCCAGCAAGUCAUGGGGACCAAGAAGAAGUACUUCAGUACUUGUCGUAACUGGUACCAACAGGCCAUCUGUGGAAAGAAAGCGACUGUGCUUUAUGAGUGCUGCCCAGGGUACAUGAAGAUGGAAGGCGUGACCAAAGGUUGCCCUGCAGUGGCCCCGAUCGACCAUGUGUAUGGCACCUUGGGUCUGGUGAAGGCCACAUCAACCCAACAAUACUCUGACAUUUCUGAGCUUAGGCCUGAAAUUGAGGGACCUGGAUCUUUUACCUUAUUUGCACCCAGCAAUGAAGCCUGGGAGGAGCUGGAAGAGACAGUCAGGGCUGCACUGGUCAGCAAUGUGAACAUAGAACUGUACAACGCUCUGCACUACCACAUGGCCAACAAACGCCUCUUGACCAAAGAUUUAAAGAAUGGAAUGACCGUCAGCUCCAUGUACAAUGACCUUGGUCUCUAUAUUAACCAUUACUCCAAUGGGGUGGUGACCGUCAACUGCGCCAGGAUUAUUCACGGCAACCAGGUUGCAACCAAUGGAGUUGUGCAUGUCAUUGACCGUGUUAUCAGCGCUGUUGGAAGCACAAUCCAGGAUGUCAUCGAGGUUAACGAUGACCUGACAACUUUGAGUGACUUAGCUCAAAACGCCGGACUGCUGGACAAGCUUGGUGAGGCAGGACAAUACACUCUCUUUGCUCCCACCAACGAAGCCUUUGACAGUCUGGGCAGCGAUGUGCUGGAGAGAAUUCAGAGCGACAAGGAGGCCCUUCAAGCUCUUCUUAAAUUCCACCUCCUGAACUCGGUCCAGUGCUCCGAGGCCAUCAUGGCUGGCACCUCUCAUGAGACCUUGGAAGGCAACAACAUUGAGAUUGGCUGUGAUGGCGAAAGCAUUACAGUCAAUGGCAUCAAGAUGGUGCUCAAGAAGGACAUUGUCACCACCAACGGUGUCAUCCAUCUUAUCGACAAAGUACUCAUGCCAGACUCAGCCAAGCAGGUGAUGGAACUGGUCGGAAGUUCUCAGUCAACUUUUGGUGACAUGGUGUCCGAGCUGGGUCUGUCUGCUGCCAUGAGACCAGAGGCUGAGUACACUUUGCUGGCUCCUCUCAAUGCUGCCUUCACUGAUGAAGUGAUGUCGAUGGAUCAGAGUUUUCUCAGGAUUAUCCUUGAGAACCACGUCUUGAAGAAUAAGCUUAUCCUGGGACAGCUGUACAAUGGCCAGCGGCUGGAGACUAUCGGAGGAAAAACCUUGAGGGUUUUCAUCUAUCGCACAGCUGUGUGCAUUGAGAAUUCCUGUCUGAUCAGAGGCAGUAAAGAAGGAAGCAAUGGGGCCCUCCAUGUCAUGAGGACUCUGUUGAAACCAGCGGAAAAAACUAUCAUGGAGAUUCUGACUGAAAACGGAGGGUUCAAGAUCUUUUUGUCUCUGAUGGAAGCAGCUGGCUUGACCGACUUGCUGAGACAGGAGGGAGGCUACACUCUGUUCGCCCCGAGCGACAGGGCUUUUGCUAGUUUGAGCUCAAGUGAUAUGGAUUUGCUGAGGAGUGACAUAAAUGCACUCAGAACCAUCCUCCUUUAUCACUUCAAUAAUGGUGUCUUCAUUGGUGGGGGUUUGGAGGCUGGGGUUACAAACCUUCUUAAGUCUCUCCAGGGCAGCAACCUCAAAGUGAUGCUUGCUAACAACACAAUGCAAGUGAAUACCGUCCAAGUCCCUGAAUCUGAUAUCAUGGCCUCAAAUGGAGUCGUUCACUUUGUCCACCAAGUCUUGUAUCCUGGAGAUAUCCCUGUUGGAAGCCAGGAUUUCCUCAUGCUAUUGAAGAGGCUCAUCUCUUACAUGCAGAUCAAGUACAUUUCAGGAUUCAGAUAUCAGGAAAUCCCCCUCACAUUUUUGAAGAGGAUCGUCACUGUCGUCCAGGAAGUCCCUAAAGUAACCAAAGUGACCAGGGUUAUCCAACAACCCACCAUCACCAAGGUUACCAGGGUGAUGGAAGGGGAACCCGUCAUCACCAAAGUCACUAGGAUUGUGUCCACAGGUCCUCAGUCCUCCGUCAGAACUGGCACCGUCAAUGUUGGUGUGGAAGGCACUGACCUUUCACGUUUUACCACCAUUGAAGGGAAUGCUGAUUUUGACACCGACAGACUUACCAAAAUGAUCCAAGCUGGCAACAGGGGGAAAGAAGCGCAGAGGACAAAACAGUGAAAAUAUCAACGUAAUGGAAGACAGACACCAAACCCAGGGGUUAUAAGUGAUGUUUUGAUACAGGAAAAACACUUAAAUAGUCAGUGACUUCAAAUAUACUGUAAUAGGUAUAACUGACAAAAAUACAAUUCUUUCAAAGAUUUAGUGGUGCUUUGAAUGUUUAUGUUUUAUAAUUGUGUCAUUUCUUAAAAAGGAUUUAAAUUUAGCAUAUGAAACAGUGUUUUAAUGAACGUUUUGUGCUCGAGGUGAAGGUUGAAGCGGUAAGAUUUUACGAGCUGGUUCUGAUGAUUUGUAAAUCUCUGCAUGAUAAAGAUUGAAAAAGAAAAUCGUAUUUUUUUAGACUAUACUUGGUUGAAAUCUUUUUUUUUUUUUUCUGGCUGUAAUUUCUUAAAUGUUUCAUGUAAAUUUUGUCUUGCUCAUAUCAUCUGAAACAUUGUAUGCAACUGCGGGGUUUUUUUUUUUUCUUUCUACUUUUCAGACAUCUUCCAAUAAAGUGCAUUCUUUGAUAUAAUGCCAGUUUGACACGCUCCUCUGAGAGAUUAUUGUCUGGGUUGUUUUCUUUCUGAGGCCCUUAUGUAGUCCUACUUUC